ACAAAAAGGUAACAAAUUUAUGACAAAGAAUUGAGUUUAAAAAUUGUUCUUAUCAGCUUAGAUGAUUUAGAAAUAUAUAAAACGUUCCAUUCCAGCAUUGCCAGAGAAAAGGUUUAGUGAUAUGAGUCAUGGCUUCGAGUUCUAGAGUACAUAGUGUACCUCUUAUGCCAGAUAGCUAUACAUUCAACAAUUUUAUCACGGAUAUCUGCAAAAAAAUUACGGAGGAAGACCUGAACGAAUUGAAAUACCGUUUGAAAGGUAUUAUUACUGAUGACGUACAAAAUCCCAGGGCUAUGUUUAAUGCACUGAUAGAGAAAGGAUUUGUCGACUGCCAUAACAUAAUAUUUCUUCAACAACUUCUACGUGCACUCGAAAAGGAAGAACUUCUAGAGAUUGUAACGAAAUACGUUUAUCAUUUCGGGGAAGACAAAGUUCUGCACAUUUUUAAGAAAACAACAAAAACUGCGGAUGGUUCUGAAAUUGUCGAGUUCCAUGUUAAAGGAAGAAUUGCAUCAAACGAAGAUAUUGAAGCCUUCCGAUGGAAAGUUUCACGCAUAUUAUGUGUUCCACUCUUUGAAGUCAUAAUCAGUGGUGUGCAAGAAACAAGAAGCCUCCUGAUUACCGUGAUGCUUCCCAAGUUCUAUGCAGACUUUCUGAUGAAUCAGCUCAGAACAAAUAAGCAGCAUAUUAUAGCAUCAUUUUUGCAACUACAAGUGGACGAAAUUCUUGUCUCAGCAGAUAAAUUUCAGCUUCAAAAGGAUGGAUCAUUCUUCAUAGCCAAGAAGAUUUCUGUAUCAGCGCAAAACGUUCACCUAAAAGGCAAAAGAAAGGCCACUAAAGAAGAACAAGAAAGAAAACCAUCCUCUUUGAAAACAGAUGAAAGACCAUUGCAUGAGCAAACAAAGAAAAGAAGAAUGUGUGUAAAGCCACGGCCAGAGAAAUCAAUUGUGACAAGGAGUCACACUCAGCAAAGUUUGCCUCCAAUGAUGGGAAUGGUACUACGUCCUAUGCCUACGUGCUGAAUAUUUCAUUACGAACGAUUUCAACGAAAACCGAUGUUUAUACAUAUAUGUAUUUGUUAUAAAACAUACAUAUAGAUUACUAGAAAAACUUCUUCUAUCAGAAAACCGUAAUAAAUCUACAGAAUAAUGCGAACAAAACAGAAUGUUGCUUCAAUUUGAUGAUCGACUUUAAUUUUAUUCAUUGUAGUUGUUUUCUUGUGUAAGGACUCUGUUCACAUGUUCCUAAGCAUAUUUUAGAAAAACAAUCUCGACAGACAUUUUCUCAAGCCUAUAACUACAUCAUUCUAAAAGGAAAUAUCUAAAUGUUUAUAAUGACACAGUUACAGUUUUGAGAAAAGUUUCAAGUUGGGACACAAUUUUUAUACAUGUGUCGGUAACUGAUGCGUUUUCUUUGAUGUUUACCUUUUCUGUGAUUAUAUCUAUAUUCUUUACACUCUUAUAAUUGGCAACAACAUACAUUAAGUUAGGCCUUUGUCUGCACCUGGCAAGCAGGCCUUAUGUGCUAUUUAUAGCCGCGUAGCAAGCUAUACACUUCAAAUAUAAGAAAUAGACCCGUCCAUUCUGUUUUCCGCCAUACACAACUUUUUAAACAUAUUGUGACAAUACUCGGACGGAUCGUAAUUACAGCCUGCAUACCCUGAUAUCACUUUAUUCAUCGUUACUUUGAUCUAGAUUGUAUGUAUGAUAUAGAAUAAGUUCAGUUUUGAAAUCUUUUGCGCUGAAAACUGUUUUUGAAUAGGAAUCAUUUCAACGAAAGUCUUACAGAAUGCUUGACAAGAAAAAAAAAAACCUCAUUGCUUUAGUUAAUCACUAACGUACAACAUAUAAUUUCGUUAAAGCAAACAUUAGUAAUACACGUAGUUCACUUAUCAAGCAUUCUAUAUAAUUUUAUCCACAUCAGAAAAAACAAAGACAAAUAUCAAACAGGGAAUGCCACGCACCAAAAACGCAGCCUCCUCAAAACGAAACCCACAGCAGCCAUGUUUCUAUAAAACUAUAGAAAUUAUUGCACGAUAUUUUUUCUAUUAAUUUUUAGUCUCCAUUUAUGUUACCCAAUUUUGGUCUUCAACAUAAACAUUGUCAAGGAAGUUCUGCAUAGUAGGGUCAAAUUAUUUAUAACAGUAUAGAAUUAAAAUAAACCCUAUUAAAACUCUGGAUAUUUUAAUAAUACUUGCCUAAUAAGGAUAGAAUCGUAUGUUCAAAUGUAAAAGAAACUUGUCAAAAUUUUAAAAUCAUUUCGGGUUUUAACAAAUGGGUAAAUGAAAGGUAUAGGUCUGCGCGUUGUUUACAUAUGCCAGUGCCAGAGUGAUGAAAGUCACCCACACAUUUCAUACUGAUUUAUGUUUAUUUUGUAUUAUUUCACGAAUCAACACUUUGUUAUUAAUGCGUAAUAUGUCAUUUCUAAUAGUAUGCAGAACUACCUUCAGCUGCAAUAUCAAUGGAUUAUUAUGUAUCAUUUGUUGGAAAUUAGCAUGUAUAUGUAGAAAAAAAGAAGAAUUAAGUUAAUAAAUAUUUACGUCUUAAUUCAUAUUUCCUCUUGAAAAAAUAAAAGAAAGAAAAACA